CAUCUACGCUCUCUCCAUCGCUCCGUCCAUGCUCUCCCCAUCGCAGGAGCUUUUUUCACCGCCGCCGCUCUCCCCAUCGCUCCGUCCACGAAGAAUUUCCAUCGCUUACGAGAUCCAUUUUCCUGCUUCUGUUUGAGCUGUGUUUCAGUCCCCUCCAUUUAGAUCUGCGCUUCCGAAUUUCAGAUCGCGUUCCGAUUCAAUUUGAGACAAUAAUCACUUCUGUCAUUUCAAAGAUCGAAUGCAGACAUGGUUGUACUUGCUGCAUCCAUUGUGGGCAAAUCUGGUAAAGUUCUGGUUUCUAGGCAGUUUGUUGAUAAUGUUGCGCAGAUAUGUGUACUAAAGGUAUAUUGUAUUCACAUUCUAGUUGUAAUUGCUUUGCCUAGUUCAAUUUCUGUAGGGGGCAAUUUCAACUUCAUGAAGUUUCUUUCCCAUACUUAUGAUCAGGAUUUUGAGAAGAUUGUUCAAAUCAGGUCUUGGAUCUGGAUUUUCUCCAUACUUUUCAUAUUCUUCUCUGCUCAUGAGUUCUAUAAUCAUUACUGGCUUCCAUUUAUUCCCCUUGUGGUUGCUAUAAUUGGCGGGACAAAACUGCAAGUGGUUAUAACGAACAUGUGCAUGGAUAGCGUGAAGGAAAAGGCAAUUAUCAAAGGAACUAUUCUUGUGAAACCCAACGAUGACUAUUUCUGGUUCGGUAGACCUGAAUGGCUUCUCUAUUUAAUUCAGUUCAUCCUUCUCGAUUUUUAAAUAAACGAUGCCUCAACACAUUUUGGAUGUACCUUAGAAUGUUCUUUCAAUUUAUGUGCUGGUUUACAUAGUGCAUUUAGUGUUUGCUUUGCUAGUUAAUGGUAAUUGCACUUAACUUUUUUGUUGGUGUCAUGUGAUGGACUUCAUUCCUGGUGUGGAUUGACCAUGUGAUGGUCUCCCAGAGUUC